CUUGUCGCUACUGUCACUGUCAUUCAAAACCACAUUAAAGUGAAACUGACUGGCAAUUUUCCAAGAAUAAAGCCGGAAAUCAGUGUAGAAAGUGUAAUAUUAUUCAUAAGAAAGGAAUUAAAUCAUGUCGUUCUUAGUCAAACAGUUCGGCAAAAGGGUGCUUUUGCCAGCAUUUUCUACAGUAAAGAAAGUCAAACUAUCCACAACUAGCGUUGCCUUUGUUCCGAAGGUCCAGAAGCCUGCCCCAGACUUUGCAGCCACAGCUGUAGUCAAUGGAGAAUUCAAUAACCUCAAACUGGCAGAUUUUAGCGGGAAAUAUGUUGUCUUACUCUUCUACCCGUUGGACUUCACAUUUGUCUGCCCCACGGAACUAAUCGCGUUCAGUGACCGAUCAAAAGACUUUGCCAACAUUGACUGCCAGGUUCUCGGUGUGUCCACAGACUCGGAGUUCAGCCAUCUUGCCUGGAUCAAUACACCCAGGAAGGAUGGUGGUUUGGGAAAACUAGACAUUCCUCUUCUGGCAGACUACAAAAAGAAGAUGUCUCACGACUAUGAUGUUCUCUUGGACGACGGAUUCGCGCUGCGUGGCCUCUUCGUGAUCGACAGGAACGGUAUUCUCCGCCACAUGUCCAUCAAUGACUUGCCAGUCGGUCGCUCCGUCGACGAAACACUACGACUAGUGAAGGCCUUCCAGUUCUCCGAUAAACAUGGAGAAGUGUGCCCAGCCAAUUGGAACCCGGACACGAACUCUGACACAAUCAAGCCGAGCCCAAAGGAAAGCAAGGAGUACUUCAAUAAAGCUAACUAAAGCUAAUUCCGAAUCGUCUGGGCUGUAUUCAAUCUUGGGGGCAUUUAUAUCAAGUCCAUUUUUGAAUGGCAAGAACAAUAAAAUAGAGAAUAAGAAAACAAAACAGCCAAUAAAGGUUGCAUCAAACUGUUUGUAAAGGGUUAAAUGUCAAAGAAACGUGGUCAAAGUCUCAAUAAACGGGUAGGUUUUGUGAAUUACUCGAAAUAAUAUUUAUUUAUACUUAAAGUAGUUAAGAAUACACCAUUUAUUAAGUUA